AUGGAGUACGAUGGAAAAUUGGAUGAAGAAACUGAGGCUUUCAGUGCAGAAUUAGAAAUCAUGUUACAAGGAGAUCUAGGCAUUAACAUGGUGUUUAUCCUAUCAAAAAAGUUCAGGGCAGCAGAAGGACAAGAAAGCACUUUGGAAGGAGACGUGCCAUCCGAGGAAAGUUUUGAGUGCAGAUUGGCAGAAGUAAAGGAGGCGCCAGAAUGGCCAAUACCUACUGCUAAAGCAGGCAGAACUGCUAUGAAAUUAGCAGCAAAACAACUGUGUUUUUCUGAACCUACAAAAGAAAUGGCCAAUAAUCUCAGGCAUUUGUUUAUAACAGCAAACUUUGGAGGUGUUCCUAUUCCCAAAAUAAUCUUCUACCUCACAGACACCACUUCUAUCACUUACAAUGCACUGCUAGGCAGAGACUGGAUCCACCAGAGUCUAUGUGUUUCUUCCACUCUACACCAGCAGUUGGCCCUCUGGCAUGAAGAGGCAUUUAUGGAAAUAGUGAAGGCUAACCCACAACCAUUUCUGCCAUCUGCAUUAUGUUUUGCGGCCAGGUAUUAUCAUGAUGACCUUGGUCCUUUCACUUUCUUUGGAGUUAACCAAAACGGCAGUCCCCAUGGUGUCACAGCCUAG